CUCAUGGGAGAGCCGUCCCUCCCUCUCUUCCCUCUUUUCUCUUCUCUCUCACAUCCCUCUCCCUCACGGUUCAGCAGCAGCCCCAGAGCCACGCCUCCGUCGUAGCUGCCAGUAGCCGCCAAUAGGCUGCGUUUGCCUCCUCACAGAAGCAGCCAUGGCUGCGUUCUUCCCCACCAACAGCAGCUGAGCUGCACAAACAAUCGCGUAGCAUUAUUGUGCCGCCAGCAACUGGCUGCUGGGCAGCCGGUUUUGGCCCUGCGCCACCGCCUUCGCGACCUCCUCUCUCUUCUUCAUCCUCUUGCUAGUUUUAUUUUGUGCCCAUUUCGUAAGAGGAAAGUAGAGCCUUAGUUGGGUGAUUUUGUGACUUUUGAUCGUGCAGUAACGCUUACAGGUGAGAAGCUGCCAUGAUAGGAGGUGCCCGUGUCCGACUUAGUGGUUGGCAGCAGGCUGCCGUUGCUCUUGGUUCUGCUGUCGGUGCAUUACUUGAUCCACGAAGAGCUGAUCUCAUUGCUGCCUUGGGAGAGACAACCGGGAAGCCUGCUUUUGAAAAAGUUCUUCAAAGAAUGAAAAGAAAUCCAGAAGGCACAGCGGUUCUCCUGGAAAAACCUCGGGUUAUAUCGACAAAUGUUGGGCAUGCAUGGGACCUCCCAGAAAACACAUUCGGUGCUGCUUAUGCAAAGUUCAUGGGGUCGAGGAAUUUUUCCCCAGAUGAUAGACCACCUGUACGUUUUAUGGAUACAGAAGAACUAGCAUAUGUGGCGAUGCGGGCCCGAGAGGUGCAUGACUUUUGGCACACUCUGUUUGGUCUUCCGACAAACCUAUUGGGGGAGUCAGCUCUGAAAGUCAUAGAGUUUCAGCAAAUGUACCUUCCUAUGUGCUUCAUGUCAGUCAUAGGAGGCACAGCAAGAUUCAACUCGAAGCAAAGAGCUCUCUUCUUUGAGCACUACUUCCCUUGGGCCUUACGUGCUGGGAUGAACUGCACAGAUCUGAUGUGCAUAUAUUAUGAACGCCACUUUGAAGAGGAUCUGGAUGUUGUUCGGCGAAAAUGGGGAAUCAUUCCUGCUCCUUCCCCCAUUGCGACCAAAACUGAAGCAUAGCAUGACCAAGAGUAAUAAUCAACGGCCCUAAUGCAAGUUAUCAGCGUUUAGUGUACGAAUUUGAAGCUCAAAGUCCAUCUUCAGAUUUGCAGGAUCGGAAGGCAAUUUGGAUUUGUUGUCUUAUUAUACAGCAGAUGAAGAUUUCUGGAUUAGUCCUUCAUUCUCGACAUUGGCUAGAACUUUGAGGGUUGAAUAUCGUUAUUAAUUUGUCAUUAGAAUCAAGCUUACAGUUAACCAUUGUCAUAAAUCGAGGUUAAGUACGAAUGUUCAGUCAAUAGUUUUCUGGUGCUGUCCUGUAAAUACUUGUAUGUUUGAGAAGUUGGGUUCUAGUUACCUCUUAUCCAUGAUCUAACUGAUAUAGACAACUGGCAAGACAUGGUCAGAAUCCCUGUUCUUCAAGAAUCAUGUGAGCAAGGAGGAUCAAUGAAAGGUACAGUUAUUGGGACAGGGUAUACAAAAAUCUGCUUCUGCUUCCGCUUCUGCUUUGCUUUUGCUUCUUGAUGCCUUUUAAGUUGGCUCUUUGAACCUCAUAUACACGGGCAUCUUGAGCGCACAUUUUAAAACUAAGAUUGAGCUUUUUAAUACUCUUCGUGUUCAGCCUAAAUGUCUCAUUUGAUUUAAAACAUUUGUCAAUGUACUAUUUUUAUUAUUAAUAUCUUUAAUUGUGCGUAAUUAAAAAUGAUAAUAAUUAGACACUUUUGUCAAUACACUAUUGCUAUUACUAAUAAGUUGAUUGAUGAAUAAUGUCAAAAUUCAAAUAGAAUAUUUAUGUUAAA